GGUGCAAGAAAUAAGUCACACACAACUGAUUUAUAUAUCGAGAUAAUCAUAAAAUUAUUUAAGAGAAAUUGUGUAAUUAGAUUAAAAUAAAUAAUAUAUGCCAUAUAUAAGAUAAUAACCGUAUUUGCGAGAGAGUAGCAUUAUUAAAUAGCUAUUUUUCAAAGAAUAAUAGUUAAACUGCCUUUUUUCCAUAAGCGACGUGAACUAGAUUAUUCUUUACACGGGAAUAUUCAUACCCAAAUACAUAAUAUAGAAAUCAUAUCUUGAAAUUUUUGUUGUUAGGUGUUUUUAUUAAAAUGUGAAUUAUGUAAAAAUUGUCAGCCUUCAUUAUGCAUGUAUCAUUUUCCAACACUGUGGCGUUGUUUGACAAUCAGCCGCAACAGCUGAUCGGGCUAAUAAGUAUUCCUUUCAGUUUUUCGCAUUUUAUACGAUUGUGUUAUAUUUGUUAAAAAAAUUAUUUAUGUUUAAAAAUUUUGUUUAAAUAGCAAAAUGACUCUUAUUGAUAAACCACUUAUUACAGUGGAUAUAGAUUUUCCUGAGGAGGAUGUUCCCUACGAGGAGGAGAUAUUGCGAAAUGCUUAUUCGGUUAAACAUUGGCUUCGUUACAUUGAACACAAAUCCAAGGCACCCAAUUGUGGCGUGAAUAUUGUAUAUGAGCGUGCACUCAAGGAGCUGCCGGGUAGCUACAAAAUUUGGUAUAAUUACCUACGCACACGUCGUAAGCAAGUGCGUGGACGCCCACUCAAUGAUCCGAUGUAUGAUGAAGUGAACAAUACUUUCGAAAGAGCACUUGUGUUCAUGCACAAAAUGCCACGCAUUUGGAUGGAUUAUGGAGUUUUUAUGACGACGCAAUGUCGCAUUACACGUACAAGACACGUGUUUGAUCGCGCUUUACGUGCAUUGCCCAUUACACAGCAUCAUCGCAUUUGGCCGCUUUAUUUAAAAUUUGUGCGACGUUUCGAUAUACCAGAAACAGCUUUACGCAUCUACCGGCGCUACCUAAAACUGUUUCCGGAAGAUGCUGAAGAGUAUAUAGAGUAUUUAAUAGAUGUCGAGCGUUUAGAUGAAGCAGCUCAGCAAUUGGCUUCAGUAGUGGACAAUGAACAUUUCGUAUCGAAGCAUGGGAAGUCUAACCAUCAGUUGUGGAAUGAGUUGUGCGAUUUGAUUUCGAAAAAUCCCGACAAAGUGCAUUCAUUGAAUGUGGACGCUAUUAUACGGAGCGGCCUUAGACGUUACACUGAUCAGCUUGGUCAUCUCUGGAACUCUUUGGCUGAUUAUUAUGUACGCUCGGGUCUCUUUGAUCGUGCACGCGAUAUUUAUGAAGAAGCUAUACAAACGGUGACCACAGUGCGCGAUUUCACGCAAGUUUUCGACGAGUAUGCUCAAUUUGAAGAGGUGUCCUUGAAUAAACGCAUGGAAAUGGUGGCUGACGAUCCCCAUGCCACCGAAGAUGACGACAUUGAUGUUGAAUUGCGCUUGGCACGCUUCGAGUAUCUCAUGGAGCGGCGUCUGCUGCUAUUGAAUAGCGUGCUACUGCGUCAGAAUCCGCAUAAUGUACAUGAGUGGCACAAGCGUGUAAAGUUGUACGAAGGCAAGCCGCACGAAAUAAUCAAUACAUACACCGAAGCCGUGCAGACUGUGCAACCAAAGUUGGCAGCGGGCAAACUACAUACAUUGUGGGUGGAAUUCGCUAAAUUUUACGAAUCUAAUAAUCAAGUAGAGGACGCGCGGGUAGUCUUUGAGAGGGGCACUGAGGUGGAGUAUGUAAAAGUGGAAGAUCUAGCGGCGGUGUGGUGUGAAUGGGCAGAAAUGGAGAUCAGACAGGAGAACUUUGAAGGCGCUCUACGAUUGAUGCAAAAAGCCACUGCAAUGCCGAAACGUAAAGUGGCCUAUCAUGAUGAUACCGAGACGGUGCAAAUGCGUUUAUAUCGCUCGCUAAAGGUCUGGUCCAUGUACGCCGAUUUGGAGGAAUCUUUUGGCACUUUCAAAACAUGCAAAGCUGUUUAUGAUCGCAUAAUUGACUUGAAAAUCUGCACACCGCAAAUUAUCAUUAACUACGGGCUCUUCUUGGAGGAGCACAACUACUUCGAGGAAGCUUUUCGUGGCUAUGAAAAGGGCAUUGCGCUCUUCAAAUGGCCAAAUGUAUAUGACAUAUGGAAUGCUUACUUGACAAAGUUUCUCAAGCGUUAUGGCGGCACAAAAUUGGAGCGUGCGCGCGAUCUGUUUGAACAGUGUCUAGAGAAUUGUCCGCCUGAGCAUGCCAAGUACUUCUAUUUACUGUAUGCGAAGUUGGAGGAGGAACACGGUUUAGCGCGUCAUGCUAUGGCCGUCUAUGAUCGGGCAACCAGCGCUGUCAAGCCCGAAGAAAUGUUUGACAUGUACAACAUAUUUAUUAAGAAAGCCGCGGAAAUCUAUGGGCUACCACGUACGCGUGAAAUUUACGAAAAGGCCAUAGAGGCAUUGCCCGAGGAGAAUAUGCGUCCGAUGUGUGUGCGCUUUGCGGAAAUGGAAACGAAGCUGGGCGAGAUAGACCGCGCACGCGCCAUUUAUGCGCAUUGCUCACAGGUAUGUGAUCCACGCAUAACCGCCGACUUUUGGCAAACCUGGAAAGAGUUUGAGGUGCGUCAUGGCAAUGAGGACACUAUGCGCGAAAUGUUGCGCAUCAAGCGCUCCGUGCAGGCCACCUAUAAUACGCAAGUGAACAUGAUGGCCGCACAGUUUCUCAAUCAGCCAACUGCCGGUGGCGCCAACGCUGAGGGCGGUGGCGAUGCUAUGCGUCUGCUCGAGGCUAAGGCAGCGGCAGAGCAACAGGCACGCCAACAACAAACGCUUAAGCCACAGACCAGCGGCAAUAUUAUGUUUGUGCGCGGCGAAACGCAAGGUGGCAACGCCAAGGACAAGGUGGUCAAUCCAGAUGAAAUCGACAUUGGCGAUAGCGAUGAAGACGAAGACGACGACGAUAAUGAGGAGGCCGAGGGCGACACAAAUGGCACACAAAAGCGUGGCAGCAAUGAGGAAAACAUCAUUUCGGCGAAGCGCUUGCGCAUUGAACAACAAGCAAUACCGGCGAAGGUGUUUGGCAGUUUGAAAAAGCCCACCGAUGAUGAUGAUAAUGAACAGGAAGCAGAUUGAGUGCGCACAUUUUAUUAUUAUAGUAAAUAAAAUGAAAUAAAUUUUAAUUCCAAACAGAUUUGGGAAUAAAUA